CACUCUCAGUAGUAUGCAAUUCCCUCGCUGUGCCAUCAGAAUAAAGGCACGAUUAGCCCCCACAGGUGCAUUCCUGUCACUGGCACAACGGGUUUCUUGCCCAACCACAUCAUUUGCUGGAUCCGCUCACCGCGUCACACCCAAGGCAGCAGUGUGCACGAAGCCCCAUCAGUAUUGUCACCACACACACUACAUAAAUGAAUGAAUAUCUAACCCUGGACCUCAACGAAGUAUCGUGCCAUUACGAUUGACGCGCCAAAUGGCUUCACUUCAAAAAGGCUUCAUUAUUUCAAACAAUGCGGUAAUCCCCAAAAAUUUUGAUGCACCUAGAGCUAGUAAGAUCACUAGCACGGGAGAAGAUUUUACUGAAGGCGACUUGUAUAUCACGAUUGCGGAGCCUAAGCAUGUGGAAUUGCUGGCGAAGCAUGUGCUGGCGAGGCCGGAAUGGCAUCGGAGGAUUCGGAGGCUGUAUCUUAGGAUGGAGGAACCGGACAGCGAAGAAGAAGGAGAGGAGGAGGAUGAAUAUGGAGGCGAGGACGCAGGAAUGGAGAGUCAAGCUGCUGAGAGAUUGGACGAGGAUGGGAAAUCCGUCGGUUCUUUAGCGUCGAAGAACAGCGAUGAGCAACCAGAGCCUGGUGCUUCGAAUGUCCCUGAAAUUGCCGAUGACCGCACGUCUCAGCUCUGUUCACACAUCACCCAGAUCCUAGAUGCCAUCGAGAAUGCUGGAGGUUCACUGGAAGAAUUCGCCUGGGACCAACAAACUUGGUGGGGCAGCGAGGGCACCCGCCCACCCGCCUUCUGGACCGCACUAUGGAAGCAUGCACGGACGUUGCAGACGUUGAUACUGGGCUUUUAUACGCACGAAGUCCACCAGGUGGCGCCGCCUCAGGUCCAUUUCCCAGCCCUGCGUGUCCUAAGAAUUGAUUGUACGACGGCGCAUGGAGACAAAGGAGAUGCAGUUGAGGCGCUGUUGAAAUCGAGUCCGGGUCUGGAGAUGCUGGAAUUCGAGUAUCCGGGGUGUGAUUUGGACACUUGCCAGAUUCAGAAUAUCACGUGGGACUACAACUUCCCUUCACUGCGGGAACUUUCUGUCCGCGGGUACGAUUUCAAUGCUGAGGCUUUUGCUGGGUUUCUUACAAGGAAUGAGAAUAUUGAGGUGCUAAAGGAUGCAAUUGAUGGGUAUGGCAACGAUGACUGGGAUAAGAAGGCAGAAUUACCGACGCAUGCGCUGCCAAAGUUGAAGAAGCUGUACGUCUCUGGGAUGUCUCCUAAUCGAAGCCUGGGAGGGUGGUUCAAUGAGGAGGCUUCAAGGCCGAUUGCACAUUUAGCGCUAGAUGGGUGGGGAGCCGCACGAUUCGAAGAGAUUAAGAGGGGAAAGGGGACGUUGAAGUGCUUGGAGUUUCAUCGGGGUGGUACGGAUUGGCGGCCUAGGGAGAUUGAUAGUAGUGACAAGGGCGAGGAUGCGGCUGGAGAUGACGCAAAGGUCAAGAAAGCAGCAGAGAAGGAGUUGAACUUUCUGCCUAAAGCUGUCAAAGAGCUGUUGCCUGAGCUAGCGGAGCUUAAAGAACUAGGUGUGAGCCUGGAGAUGGGACAUAUUUCCAUUUCGAAUGGUCAUGGAGGAUGGUGUACACCCGACCCCAUGAAUGUGGACGACUUGAAAACCAUAAUCUCUAUUCUCCCACCUCACACUCAAAUCCGCGCCCUCCGCCUCUGGGACGAUCGAGCAGAGAACCUACCUGGAGAUGUACUUAAUGACUUCCUGAGCGUGCCGGAGAGCUUGGAGUAUCUAGGAUGGGAAGGCAAAGAGAAGCUUUUGUAUCGGCUCGAGAGGGUAGGUGGAAAGAUCAGGGCAGUAGAGUGUGAGCCAUUGAGGGUAAGAGCUACAGAAGGAGCCUGGAGUGAGGGACGAAUUCUAGAUUACUGAUGGGUGUGGAUAUGGUGAAAAAUUUAAGUAUCGCAGAAGUUUAUGAUAACUCUACUCUGGCUGUAUGAAAUAAAAACUCC